AUGACUGAACCCAACGACUCGACGAGCCAGACCGCGCGCCCCGAGGCCAGGCGCGAGGGCAGCGCGCGCCUCUCUGAAGAGUCCUCUCCCCGCAUAGCACAUACCUUGACAGCCUGCUGCCGGUGCCGCACAAGGAAAACCAGAUGCGAUCCUGGACUGCCGCGAUGCGGCCCCUGCGAGCGAACAAAUUCCCAUUGCGAGUACUACGAUCCCACCAAGGCCACCAAGAUUCCCCGGAACUAUGUCGUCCACCUCCAACGCAAAGUGCGCGAUCUGGAGAAGCAAUUGGCGGAUCUCGAGCGGGACGAUAUCGACCCAGACCCUGAAGAUGUGAUGCGCGGGGCUGCUUCGGUCAGGAUACAGGAGAGCGACGAGUCUAAAUUUCUGGGCCCGUCCAGCGGCAUCGCCAUUACGCGGCUUGUAAUGCAGCUAGCGAAGCAGUUCACCGACUCGAAGAGCAUCUCCGACAUUGUGCCGCAGUCGCGCGCCCGGAGCAUAAAAGAACGAUUCGCGGAAGAGGAAGCGAAGCCAACGUCAAAAGUGUACCCGCUGAUAAGUGAUGUGGCCGCAGAGGAGCUGCCGAACAGGGACCUGAUGAACCUCCUGCUCCAGCUCUUCAACCUCAAGGGCUCUCUAGUCCAUCCUAUGUAUCCUAUGUUCCAUGAGCCUACCCUGGUCCAAGAUGUGCAAGACGUCUACGGCGGCUCUACUGAUGCUUACAAGAACUUCGUUGUGCGCAUGGUCAUUGCCAUCAGCCUCCAGAAAAUGGACACCCAAUACGCAGGUCUCGCCGACAGCUACUACCUCGCCGCACUCAAACAUCUGCAAGACUCGAUCAAGCCAAUGAAUCUAAAAACACUUCAGUGCUUUUGCUUGAUUGCUGGAUACUCGCUUCUGACCCCAACGCGGACCGCUGUCUACUACAUCGUCGGCCUAGCCGUGCGACUGACCCAAGCUUUGGGCCUAAACGAAGAGAAGACAAUCACCCGUGGUCCAGGCGGGGCCAUCGCAGAUCCGCUGGAGCUCGAUAUGCGGAGAAGGUUGUUUUGGUGUGUUCUCACUAUGGACUUCGGGCUGUCGCAUAGUCUUGGCCGCCCCAGCAUUUAUGCUACGCGGCAGGCCCACAUUGACGUAGGCUGGUACGAACUGUGUGAUGAUCAGUUUAUCACGAGGGAAGGUAUCAAACCGGCGCCACAGGCGUCGCUAAAGAAAUGGAUCUCCAUCCAUUUCUUCAAGAUGAGGUUACUCCAAUUAGAGAUCAGACGGAAGCUUUAUCAGAAGAAGAGACCGGAGCCAAAAGACGAUCAAGACCCUUGGUUCCAUCAGAUGGAAGCAAAGAUGAAAGCUUGGAGAGACACUAGUCCCGAAAUGGAUGGCGGCUCAGGACUGAAUAAAGCUUGGUACGUGUUUAUCGGCCGAUAUAACACGAUGGUCGUAUUUCUUUUCAGACCAUGCCCGCAGGUGCCGAGGCCUAACAUGCCCGCUGCUAGGAAAUGCUACGACGCCUGCGUUUAUAACAUCUACAUGUCUCGUAAACAGAUUGAGACAGGCAGUGUCGACCUCACGUGGAUCUUCACACAGGCCAUCUUCAUGACUAUCAACACGAUACUUUGGGCUCUCUCCUAUUCCGAGAUCCGCCGGACACAUAGCCGCGAGGAAGUUGAAGGUCAUCUAACAGUAGCCCUGGAAUCCAUAGAUCUAGCAUCCGUACGAUGGCCUGGCGUGGCUUCUGCUCAUGAGUUGUAUCGCAAUCUCAUUGCGGCUUGCUUACGGAUAUACGAUAAAGACGGGGACAUACCUAUCGCAGCUGGUUCACCAUCCGAAAGCGCUUCCGUGACUUCGAGUCUCACCGACGGCAUCAACAGGUCGCGAACAACAAGUCCAGCAACAGUAUCCACACCGUCAUUGAACACCCCACCUGAGAGAGCCCAACCGCCAUUCGGGUACAUAUCGCCUCAACAGCCAAUGCCUUUCACAACGCAUCAAAGUCAACCUAGUCUAUAUCAGUCGUCACCUCCUCCUCAGAGCCAGUUCUCCGUUCACCAAUCCCCCUCACAAGGACCACCUCAGCACUCGUUCGACACGAGUCCAAAAUAUCAAGAUGCCAUCCCACAAAUGAGUUACGACCCGAACUCACAAUUCAAUCCAAUGCCCGCCACCUUUUCCGAGCUUCCGCAAUGGAGCCCUAGCUUUUCAAUACCGUACCAAGAACCCUACAGUUUGCCGCCGGUGUCCCACGCUCUAACGAGUCCAAGUUACAACGAGUCUUACGCAGCGCAAAACGGCUUUCCAGUUGUGGAUUAUCUCAACCCACAGUGGAGUGUGGAAUCCAGAGGGAUGGGACUCAACGUCCAGCAGCAGCUGGAACUCAUGCACAGCCUGGAAGUCAAUGAGACCAGCAAGAUUGAAGCCAUGAUACAGCAAAGCAACGCACUGUUCAGCCCGCGCAUAAAUUCUUACUAG